CCGCCUACUCUUCUAAGCUGGUGUCUCAAUGUUUAGAGACUAUCAGAGCGCAGAUGAAGGACACUAAAAAACCUGGGAUCUUCAAACUUUUAGCUAUGUCAAAUGGUGGAGUACACGGAGUUUUGUUGAACCUCUACGAGAAGUAUUACGAAGCUAAGAAUAAUCCCAUCAGGAGACACUAUCUCACAUCCUACCAGUUUCUUCUUGACAUGGUCCUGAAAGACCCCAACAACUGCAGCAGUAUAUCGGGGGAAUGGCGUCACCUGGUGACCAGCAUCGUCACCACCGUCACCCUGGUCCUCUCCAGACAUCACCCAGGAGGUCCACUACCAGACGGAACUAUCAUUACCCAAUCCUUUGACAUGUUAUCAUCUCUCUUCUCUCUACCUAACGUGUACAACCUCCUCGGUAACUCAGUAACACCCCUCUUGAGAACACUCUCUGUCAUGACGUCACCAAUUGAGGAUAUGACGUCAUCAGAUGGUUUUGUGACGUCAUCACAGAGUGAGACGGUAAGACAGGUUGAAAAGGUGCUGAGGUUACUGUUGAAAGAUUGCCAGUCUCCUGAGUUUUUACCGAUAGUUCAGUUCAACGACUUGGAGUUGGACGACAGAUAUAAGAGCUGUACCCGUCUGCCACUUAGUUCCAAGGAUCUGUUGAGAACCGUCCGAAGUGUAGAAGGAGCCUACUGGUACCUUUCCAGCAAGAAGUCAUCCUUCAACAUGACGUCAUCCUUCAACAUGACGUCAUCAAACAACAUGACGUCAUCAAACGAGUCCACGACAUCAUGCGAGGAGGAUCUCAUGAUACAGAACACGGCGAUACACACCCUCCUUCGAUCAGAUGAUAACGAAGCGAGACUCCUUCUGGGAACUCUGGAUCAUAUCUCCGAUCUUGAUAUCAGCUUGAUCAACACCAUUGAUGAUCCAAAUAUUAGAGACUGGGGAGAAGUAGAUACUGACGAGAUACAGUAUUGUGGGAUCGCUACUGACGCUGUCAGGCCUUACUUAAUCGACUCUGACCCAUUAAUCCGCCGUACAGCGUACCGUGUGGCUAACAACAUUUUGAGGAGCGGGACUGGUAAAUCUUUUGUUAAAUCCUGCUUCAACUCGGAGCAGUCCAUUGACAAUAUUAUCCCCUUUGCUAUGAUCGGUAGCCCUGAGAAAGCACCCCCACGUGCUACCCUGAACUCUACAGUGAAAUUGAGCCAUCCUAGUUUGCUCACCAUGUGCUCCUGUGAUGUGCUCAGAUAUCUGCUGCCUCUCGCUACACUUAGGCCGGAGUUACUAGAGAAAGUGCUAGGACCGGUACUACACGAUCUGAUCUCCUCAUUCCCCGACUACAAACCCCUGCUAUCUUCUCUUUUUAUGGGAGAAGUAGUGGAACACCCCCGUAUUAAACAUCUUCAGAGUACACAGUUCCUUUCCAACAAACCCAUCGAUAAAUCAGGGGUCCGGUACAAUAACUUCUCAUGGCUGGAACUAGACUGGUUGGAUAUGUGUAAAGCAGCUAUUAAGCUGUGCCAGUACACCAGUGCUCUUCUCUAUCUGGAACUACACGUGGAGGAACUGGACGAUGCAAAGCAGCUGACCAGAUCUCAGGGCCUCUCUUCAAACGCCGAUACUCAGGAAUUACUGCUGGAGAUUUACCUAAAUCUGAAGUGUAGCGACGCUAUUUAUGGUACGCAGUGCAACACUGAGUCCUCUAAACUAAAGAUUUACUCCUACCAACACCGAUGGUACGAUCUAAUAACUUUCAGUGACCUAACUGGAGACAGGACACAUCUGCUGACUGCUGUGAAACACACUACACCCUCCAUACUGCUGCCCACCCUCCUCUCCUCUCAAUCUCCGGUUACUGAGGAUCACUACGAGUCUGCGUGGAGAAACUCUGUGUGGGACCUCACCCUGACAACGGAACACGGUCUCCAUGGUAACAUCUACAGUUCCCUGCUCGGACUCAAGACUCAGUCUUUGGAGACGGCAGCAUUGCACGUGGAGAGAGCCCAGAGAGAUAGCAGAGACCUCAACCCUCAUGAUCACUUUGUCUUUAUUCAGCUGCUCAACGAGAUCUCUAGUGCUAUCAACAAGCAAACUAGGCCAAUGAGGUCGAGUUUUGACUACUCGAAGUGGGAGGUCCUGUACAAGUGCAGAUCAGUUCUGACUGGAGUUACAGGAGAUAACAAUGUUAACGUGUUGCUGGAUUGUGCACGUGCUGCGCGGCGCAGCUGUGAGUUCUACCCCGCAACUCGCUACCUCAGACAAGGAAUGGCGGAAGACCUGUCCGCCCAACAGAGUCUAGUUCUACAGAGUGAACAGUGUAAACUAGAGUGGGCGGCAGGGGAGCGCCGUGUCGCACUGCGGCAUCUCAACACCCUCCUCGAUAGUAAGAGCAGUGCUGGAAUCAUACCUAACAGACACGAGCUUCUCAUAACCAAGGCUGACUGGCUGACGGAAACCAAUACUGAGUUUCCAAGUGAUAUCAUGGGCAAAUACCUUGAGGAGGCGGUGCGGUGGUGUCAGGAAGAAGGAGAUUCUGAUAAAGCUACUCUUGGUAACGCGCACCUCAAACUUGCUUUAUUUGCUGACGAGCAAUUCAAAAUACAGGAUCAAUACUUUAACUCAACAGAGUACAAAGCAGAGUUGGCGAUCCUGGAGAAAACGGAGAAGGAUCUAGCAGUAAUCACAACCACUGGUAACAAGAAGAGAAACCCUAAACAAUACAGCACGUUUCACAUGCAGGUGCGGCAAGACAAGAACAAGAUGGACAAGAGAAAGGAGGAGAGGGUGGAGUACCUGUUAAUAACUGUUAGAAACUACAUCUCCUCCCUCAAACUCAACUCCUACAGUUUGGAGAACGAUCUCAUCGUGUUCAGGCUGUGCUCGCUUCUAUUUGACAAUGCAAAUAUAGAGGAGCUCUGUGAUAUGGCAGUAGAGGAGGUGCCCCAGAUUCCGACCUACAAGUUACUACCACCCAUGUACCAACUAGCUGCUCGACUCGGAACUUCCGGGAACCUUAACGAUCUCGUCAUAAAGCUGAUCACAAAAACAGCAAGGGAGCACCCCUUCCACGUGCUACCCAUCUUGUUUGCUCUAAAGAACGCACAACUUGACUGUAAAUACAUCAAGGGCUCCAAGCAUCUUUCUAACGAUGCUCGAACAGUCCAGUCCAAAGAUAUCUUGAAAACGCUGAUGAAAGAAUCUGCUCUAAAGAAAAUCAUUACUGACAUGGAAAAAUUGACUGACGCCUAUGUGGAAUGGGCUAAUUACGACCUGAAAAAAGACCCUGCAUACCAGAUGGCGGCUCGAAGUUCGACUCUCAAAAUACCAUCAACUUUAAAGAUAACAAAGAUCAAGGAUAUUGAAAGUUUUCCACUUUUAACCCUCGAAAUUCCGGUGAGAUGUGACGGUAACUACUCCUCCAACCUUCUUUCUGUGGUCGGAUUUAACACAGAGUACCAGACCCCAGGAGGUGUUAACCUUCCCAAGGUGACCUUUGCUCUCUGCUCGGAUGGUGUAAUUCGGAAACAGCUGGUUAAGGGUAACGAUGAUAUGAGACAGGACGCAGUGAUGGAGCAGGUAUUUAAUGUAGCAAACCAGCUCCUCUCCAAGAACCAGCUGACUCACCAUCUCAGUAUGAGAACCUACAAGGUGCUACCCUUGUCCCAAAGAUCCGGUCUGGUCGAGUGGUGCGAGAACACCAUACCUAUUGGACUCUACCUAGUGGGCCGGGGCAGGGAUGGGGCUCACCUCAAGUAUAGACCAAAAGAUACCAAGAGCUCUGAUGUACGAGCUAUUUUAAAAGCUUGCAGGGACAAAAGCGAAGCUAAGCUUACCAUGGAGUAUAAACGGCAGUGUGAGAAGUUCAAGCCAGUGUUCCGGCACUAUUUCUCUGAGAACUUCCAGAACCCAACGGAGUGGUACAAACAGAAGUGUAACUAUACCUACAGUCUUGCUACUACCAGUAUCGUGGGCCACAUAGUGGGUCUUGGUGACAGACACGUCCAGAACAUUCUCAUCGACAAGGCUACCUCAGAACUCAUCCACAUCGACUUGGGGGUCGCUUUCGAUCAGGGCCAGCUGUUGCACAUACCGGAGAAAGUUCCCUUCAGACUAACACGUGACCUAGUUGACGGACUAGGUAUAACUGGUACAGAAGGGACCUUCAGAAGAUCUUGUGAGCAUGUAAUGCGGGUCCUGAAGGAGAACAAGGAGCUGCUAUUUGCUAUAAUUGAGGUGUUUAUCCAUGAUCCUCUGUUUAACUGGUGUAUCAACGACACCACCACCGACACCAGCAAGGAACAACAUGACUCACCCAAAUCUGACGAAGAAAGCCAGGAUAAUAGUAACAACCAAGCACAGCGUGUCCUGGGAUCUCUGAAGAGAAAGCUGGAGGGUAUUGAAGAGGGAGUGGUCCUGGGGGUGGAGGGACAGAUUAACCAUCUCAUUAGAAAGGCGCAAGAUCCCGCCAAUCUUUCUCGUAUAUUUGUUGGCUGGCAAGCCUGGAUAUGAACAAUUAUUAGUGAAUAGUUUCAAGUACUUUCCUGCUGAGAUGGAUAUACUAAAAGUUAUUUGUUACUCGAACGUUAUGAAAUAUUGAAGUAUAAAACUAUAAAUAGAACAGAAUUCUAGUAAAUAGUAGUUAGGAAUAAGUUUCCUUAAGGCUCACCCGCCUUCCUUUGGGCUCACCCUGAUUUUUUUGCGAAACUUGGACCAACAAACUAGGACCGGUGACCGAACUCUUGAGGGGGUCCCGAACCCCAACCUCCCGCGGGCACUGUUCGGUGGUUGGGGUCCGGGACCCCCUCAAAAGUUUGGUCACCGGUCCUAGUUUGUUGGUCAAACCAAGGGUUUCAUGCGCGAUCAAAAGGGGUUGCAGCGCGUGUCAAGGCCCAUCGCAUGAUAUGCAUCAUAUUGCAGAAGGACUAACAAUUAUGUGGUCUUAAUUUGGUACCUGCAUAAUAUUUUUAUGUUAAUAGAAUCAUAUUAAAAUUGUAACUUUUCAUUUUU